AGGGGGCAGUUCGAUUAGCAGAACUCAUUCAUAACUUCUUCACAUAUUGUCAGCACUACAUGGAAAACUGGCAAAGAAAGCACAAUGAUAAGUACGGAAAACAAUCAUUGGGCAACAGUUAUUAAUAUUAUAUUGCAAUCAUAUUUUACGGAUUUAACUACAACAUGUGUUUUGAGACAUAAGGAUUAUGAUAAUGCGUGGUUGCCAACAGAAGAUUCUAAUGUUUAUUUGCUCAUAAAUCCAUGGAAUUUGAACGAUUCCUUCUCGGAUGAUAUAUACAAUUUUACCCAUCAAGAUUUGACCUUCAAUAGAAAUGGCAUUUAUUACGAUAAUUGGACAAGGAAAUAUGUGGCAGCUAUAAAACAAACACAUUGUGAGGGUUUUGUGGCUUUUCAGGAUGACAUCCCUAAAUUUGCCGAGACGUAUAGAAAGGCCAGCGUUUACUCUAUUUGGAGAUCAAUAAAGGCAAAAUUUCUAUUUGCUUAUACAAAAGAGGGCCAGAGAAAGAAUUAUUUCCAAGAUUUGCUAUUUAAAAACGCUGCUAAUAUUUUAGCUAUUGAGACGGAAUAUAAAAAUUCCAGCCGAUUUAAUAUAAAAACAAAUAAAUUUGUUGGUUCCAUUUUUGAAAAUCCCCAAGAGUUACAACAAAUCACAACAUUUGAUGCCCUAACCAAACGAUUUGAGCCGAAUGUGGAUUUAUUUUCGAAAAAUAAAUUACAAAACUUGCAUGGACGUGAAAUUAUUGUUGGCGCUUUUGAUUAUCGUCCAUUUAUGGUGGUUGAUUUUCAGCGUUCACCCGAAUACUAUGACCAUGCUGCCGACAAUCCAAAGCACCGGGCCCAUGUCGAUGGCACUGAGAUGCAUAUUGUUCAUACAUUUUGUGAAAUCUAUAACUGUAGUGUCCAUGUGGAUACAAGCGAGAAGGAGGAAUGGGGCAUGGUAUUCCCCAACUAUACAGCCAAUGGAUUGAUGGGAAUGAUUAUUGAUGGAAAAACUCACAUGGGAAUGGGUGCCAUGUAUUUGUGGGACCUCGCCUAUAAAUCCAUAGAUCAAACAAUUUUCUUGGGAAGAUCCGGUGUAACUUGCCUAGUUCCUGCGCCAACACGCAUUACCAGUUGGAGUCUACCAAUUUCUCCUUUUCAAUUAACACUCUGGUUGGGUGUGUUCUUGUGCCUGUUUUGGGAAACCGUUGCGUUAUUUUUAACCAGAUAUUUCGAAAAUCAGGUGGUGGAGCAACGAGAAAAUUCCACCAUAUGGUCAAGCUUACAAUUUGGAUAUGUAACUACAUUGAAGCUAUUUGUGUCGCAGGGUUCAGACUAUGUGGUAACUUCGCAUACGGUAAGAACCAUUUUGUUUGCCUGCUACAUGAUUGACAUCAUUGUGACGAGUAUUUAUGCGGGUGGAUUAUCGGCCAUAUUGACAUUACCGGCACUUGAAGAGGUAGCCGAUUCGGUGGAACGUUUAUAUCGUCACAAUCUAACUUGGACAGCUACUUCGUACGAUUGGAUUGUCUCAAUAACGGACAAAGAACAAGAAGAAACCGAUCCAAUUUAUCGCCGUCUACUGGACAACUAUCGUGUCAAUAGCAUGGAUGAUAUGCGCAGAAAAGCUAAAACCGAAAAUAUGGGUUUCGUUUUGGAGCGCAUGGCAUUUGGUCAUUUUGGCAAUGGUGACUUUAUAACCCCAGAGGCUUUGGCCCGCCUCAAACUCAUGGUGGAUGAUAUUUACUAUCAAUUCACUGUGGCCAUGGUGCCGCGUAUGUGGGCCCAUUUACCAAAGUUUAAUAAUUUAAUAUUAGCCUGGCAUUCAUCGGGUCUUUCACAAUAUUGGGAAUGGAAAAUCUCCGCCGACUAUAUGAAUGUCAAUGAACAGAAUCAAGUGCAGGCUUCGAUGUACACUCAACAGGACACGGGUCCUGUAAAAUUGGAUAUGAAAAAUUUUGCCGGUUUAAUUUUGCCAUGGUUUAUUGGCAUUAUUUUGAGUAUUUUAGCUUUUAUUGGCGAAUGGAUUUACUACUGGUGGGAUAAGAAGAUGGGUACUAAGGUUAUAAAGCUGCGUGAUUAAGAAAAUAUAUGUGCAUUUAUUUUUAAUUAAAAAUAUGACAAAUACAAAUAAAGUUUGUGAAACAAAGAAAACAUACAAAACUUUGUGUUAAGC